AUGGACAACUUUCCACCGGAAGCGCAGCAUAUUUUGGCACCCGCCUCCGGCAUUCUUUCGGCAACGCAACUUACUCAGAUGGCUGAUCGUCUUAUGGAGAUGCACGGUUUUUCCAAGCCGUCACUUUCAGCAAUCUCAACUCCGUCAACUCAUCCUACGUCUCCCCUUUCACAGUUAGAGAUCGAGCUCAGCAGGCUGGCCGAUGAUAUAGCUUCACUCCAGAAACAGACAGUCUACCCCUCAUUUCGGAGCCAACCGAAGCCGUCUACCCCACAUCUCCAGUCUUCACAUUCAGCCUGUCCAAACGCAGCUCCCAUCUGCUGGUAUCACACCGCCUUUGGUGUUAAAGCCCGUCGCUGCAUCUCUCCCUGCUCCUUCACCUCCAAUCAGAGGAAACGGGUAAAACCGGUCAACCCGAAGGUCAGUGCAGCCAAUCUUCUCGACAGCUCUAACUCUGGUCGCUCCUCCUAUUUUUGCGACACUGCGACUCGCAGACGUUUCCUGGUGGACACUGGAGCCUAG